AUGAGCAGCGGAAACAUCCUCGAGCCCUCAAAAGAGGAGAAAUCCACCACUUCCGGCUACUACGACUCUGCCAUGCGUUGGGUUGAGGAUACCUACCUUUCCUGGUUCGGCGAGAACCGCACUUCAUACGGUGUCAAAGACAGCGUAGCGCAGACGAAAGUCACAGGCAACAAGGAUGUUGAUGGUAUUCAGGACAGCGUAGGCGAGACUGUUGGGAAUACCUUUGGAAAGGGUGGUCUUCUUGGGGGGGUUGGUGAGGGUGCUGAUAAGAGUGUUCUCAGAGGAAGUGGUUAA